AAGUACUGCCCCCGCGCCUCCCCGCCUCCCGGCUCCUCCCCUCCCCUCCCGCAACUAAACCCAACGAACCCAACAACAAAAAGAUCCUUCUACCUCCUCUCCAAGCGCCACCACCCCGACCACAACCCGACCGACCCGCACGCGCCGUCCCGCUUCAUGCGCAUCAGCGAAGCCUACGCGACGCUCUCGCACGCCGACCGCCGCGCCCGCUACGACCGCGAGGUGCUGCCGCGCCUGAACCCGAGCCCGCGGUACCAGCACCACCAGCGCCCAAACGGGUCCUCCUACCACAGCACGAGCGGCCCCGCCGGCGGCCGUCCCGCGUCCGACCUGAGCCGGCGCCGCGGCACCUACCAGGGCCCGCCGCCCAGCUUCUUCCGCUCGGGCGGGUGGGGCGCGCACGGCGCGAAGCGCCGGCAGGCGCACGAGGAGAGCACCGGGUUCUCCGCCGCCGGGUUCGCCAGCGGCGGCGGCGCACACCCCCCACCCCCACCACCACCCCCACGCUCA